AUGGUGAUAUUAAUGUGUUUCUAAUUGUUCAAGCGUGUGAAAAUGUAAGAAAUUAGUGAUAAUAAAAUGGAAAUGCCAUUACGAAUAAAAAUUAAUAUGGUAUUCGGUGUUUGGAUUUGGGAAAGAGAGAAAAUGCACAGAUGUCUUAAUGUGUGA